AUGAUUCUGAGUAAACUGUCUUCGCCCCAGCUCAGCUCCUCGCCAUCCAAACUACGAACCCCUCCAGCUCUCUCGAAUACGCCGCUGGCCAAUCCACUGAGAACCUCGUCGAACGCAGCGCUGAAAAAAGGAUCGAAAAAAGUUUCUGGGUUUUUCAAGAAGAUCGGUUCUGAGUGGUCGGGGCUCCUAUAUCGCCUCAGAGAUAUCUCACACGACACCCAUUCCGAAGACGAGGAAGUAGCUGAGCUUUUCGAGGACAGCGGGCCUCUAGACAUGGACCGUUUAUCCAAGGUUGGCCGUCAACUCACCGACGCCGAGGAGCAGUUCCUUCGAGACUACAAAAAGUACAAAGAUCUUAACAAGGUGUUUGAGAUGCAUCAGCUAGAAAACCCCACGGCUGCCAACAGCGAGCAGGAUAUCGAAGAUAUCGACCGUCUCAUGUUCACCGACAUGAACAUGGUGAAGCUCAAGGACAACCUCAUCAACCAGGUGCGUGCCACUUCACAGUACAACUCCGACUCCUCCACAGACACACGCACCAGCCAGCUUGAACAGCAAACCCUGAGUAUCGGGGAGAUCUUGUGGGAGUACAGAAGGAGCAAAUGGCUUUCCUAUGGCCGGGUCAGUGAACAGGCUAUCGCCGAGAAAGUCAACGAGAGACGUGAGGAAGCCUCGAUCAAGCACAUUCCAAAGGAGCUCUACCCACGCAUAUACACCAACUUGGUGGACAAGGGCCGCAGCUUGAAGGACGACAAGCGUCUCAACUUGGAGGAUUUGGUGGAAGUGGUGAACGAGGGAUGGAAGAAGGAAGAGAGAUGGACUCGUGCCGCCGAAGGCUUGCCUUAG